CUAGUAGCGCCUCAUAUGACGAACAUAUGAAUUAAACAAGGGGAAGUGAAAGUAAAAAAUUCUCAUGUGGAUUUGUUUUGAUUCGCGGUGAUGGUGGAAAAUCGUGAAAAAAGUGAAGAGAAUGUGAUGGAAGUGGACAGAAAAAACCUCUCCCACCUCCAUACUGUGAGAUUCUACAGUUUACCACCACGAGGGAUAACAUGUAUGGCCUACAAUGCAGCAGAUAGGCGCCUUGCUCUUUCGAGGUCAGAUGCAUCUAUAGAAUUGUGGAAUGUUGAGGGUACUCCCUAUAUGGAGAGAGUGAUUUUUGGUGCACAAAAUGCUUCAAUUGAGACUCUGGCUUGGGUGAAUGAGUGUUUGUUGUCUGCAGGGCUUUCCGGGGAAAUUGUGUGCUGGAAUCUAAAGACUCUGGAGCCACAGCAGAGUCUCAUGGUUACAGGAACAUCCAUAUGGUGUCUGGAUGUGCACAAAGACAAAGUAGCAGCGGGAACAGAAGAGGGAUACAUCAAUAUUUGUCGAAUGGAAGAGAUGCUGGUGUACGAAAGAACUUUUGACAAGCAGGAAGGGAGGAUUCUGUGCUGCAAAUUUAGCCCUUCUGGUGAUUUUCUCGCCACGGGGUCUGUAGGCACGGUUAGAGUGUGGAAUGUUGAAAAUGGACAUGCCUUGCAUCGAAUGACACUCUCAAGGAUUGGGCUGAAGACAGAAAUUGUCGUAUGGGCAAUACAGUAUCUUCCUGAUGAUGUCAUCGUGGCAGCGGAUUCGGCUGGCAGGGUAGUUUUCUUCGAUGGAAAGUUAGGUAGUCAAACUGAGAGCUAUCAAGCUCUCAAGACAAAUGCACUGUGCCUGGCGGUAAAUGAAGAUGCGACGAAAAUCUUUGUGUCAGGCACAGAACCUGUUAUAAGGACAUACACUCUCACAACAAUGAAGAAGGACAGUCAAAUGGUGAAGAAAUGGGUGAAAUCUAUUGAGAAGUAUCUGCAUUCGCACGAUGUUAAAGCACUAUCAUUGGUUGGAAAUGUCCUGUUCUCAGGAGGUGUUGAUAGUCAUCUUGUAGUCUCAAAUCUCUCACCAUUUUCAUCCACAAAAUUUGCUCCAUUGCUUCGACCAACUUGCGGAGAAGCUACGGAAAAUCGCCUAUUGCUCCUUAAAUAUUUUAAUCACUUGGAAAUAUGGCAGCUGGGAUCUGUUCAGGAACAUUCUCAUGAUCUACAGAAGCUUCUUGAGCUUCAGAGUCGCGAUACAGAAGCAAUUAUUAGUUCAGCUUUGGCACCAAGUGGAGAGAUUCUGAUCUAUUCAACAGAUACCCUAAUUAAACUCUUCCACUUUGAUUCAAAGACUAAACCAGCUCUUUUGACACCUCUCAAAGUAACAUCUCCGCAGUUUUCACCGAGUCUAGGCGUAGUUUUCUCCCAGGAUUCAAAAAUGAUCUUUCUGGUGAAGAAUACUGGGCAAGUGGAUGUUUUUAGCAUCACAAGUCAAAUGGAUUUGGAUCACAUACAGACAAUAGAAACACACAAAUACAUCAAGGACUUGAUUCACUUGGUGACUUCUGGUGGAAAAUUUCUUGCUUUGGCUGGUCUUUGCAACAGUGUGGUGAUUUGGCGAUUUGAAGAAGGAUCUGGCAGGUGGAAAAGACACAUAAAUCUGCCCAAAUACAUAAACCCACCCACAGCUAUGAGAAUUCAUACUGCAUCGCAGCGUCUUGUGGUGGUUUAUUUAGAUGGGAAACUAAUUGAAUAUGAUCUUGAAGAAUUGCAAUUCACGUUCUCAGUUCAUAUUCAGGAGGGAAGUCUUCAGAGAUCUAUAAUGAAUCUUGCUUUGGAUCCACGUGAUCCAAAUCUCUUUGUUUUGCAAGAUGAAGAAACUAUUUUCAGUAUCAGGAAGCUUCAAGAAAUUGAAGAGGACACUGAAAAUAUUCAGGAGAGGAAGAAAGUUAAGAAGACUAAGAAGUCGGAUGAAAAGGAGAAAUUCUCGAAGAAAAUCAUCCGAGAAACAAAGCAUUUAGCCCUUCUAACUUGGUUGGGAAAUGAAGAGAUGGUGGUUGUAGAAAUUUCAGAAGAUUCCCUCCUUGAACAACUUCCACCUCCUCUGAAAAUUAAAAAGUAUGGCACUGGAUGAGGAUUCCAUUUAGAUAUUUCAGCAUCCUUCAGACCAGCACCGGCAUUAAAUUUAAAAAAAAUAAUGUCACCAUCUUCAACAGUAUAGUUGCGACCUUGUUGGCGAUAUUUGCCGGCGGCUUUAGUUGCAGCUUCACUUCCUUCCUCUUUAAAAUCCUGAAAAUGCAUUACUUCUGCCAUAAUGAACCCCUUUUCGAAGUCUGUAUGGAUUUUUCCAGCAGCUUGGGGAGCUUUUGUUCCCUUCUGUAAAUAUAAAACAUGUGAAGAUAAGUUUUAAAUAAACAUUUAAAUAUUAAAAGAAA